ACUGCGAAACGAACAACAUCUACAAUGGUGAAGUUUUCGGAUGAAGUUGACGAUAUUGAAAACAACGAACGCAAACCUCUGUUGGACACAGCUAAGUCGAAAUAUUCUCGGAAGCAGCGUUAUAUAUUUUUAAUAUUUUUCGUCCUCGUCCACGUCGUCGUCAUAGCAUACUUCGUCGUCCCGUGGAUUGAAUCGUCGUCGUUGUUCACCAAAACAAAAACGUUGACGCCGUUGUCGAAAUUGAGCAGCGUAGCGACGACCAACAACGAAUAUUAUAAAAAAUGCGCUCCAAAAGUUACUUGCUUUGUGAGUGCUAAGUACAGAACUUACACCGGAUCUUGUAACAAUCUGAGACAUCCGAACUGGGGUGCUUACCUGACGCCGUUCUAUAGGUUUUCUAACGCCGAGUUCAGUGACGGGAAGAGCGAAUUUCGAUUGCAAGCGGAUGGCAAGCCGUUGCCCAGCGUUAGAUUGAUCCAACUGAAACUGUUUCACGGCAACGAUGUGCGUCAUAGCGAUCGAGAGAACAAUGAACUUUUAGUGCCAUGGGGACAAUUUUUAGCUCAUGACAUUUCAUAUUAUCCGGAUGAUAUUCGCAGCAACGAAACACCCGACCUGUUGGAUCAUUGUUUCGACAAAGACAAAUCUACAAUUCCUAAAAUAUGUUCUUACAGUGUACGGGUUCCAGACGACGACCCUUUGGCCUACAAGCAAAAAUUAAAAAUGUUAAAAUACACACGAUCGCAGAGCUCGUUCAACAGUAGCUGCCCACUAUUGCCGUUCACCUUUUUAAACAGACAAACUCAUUACAUUGACGCUUCUAACGUGUAUGCAUCCGACCAAGCUAUAGCCUACGGACUUCGAUCAUUGAAAAACGGUAGACUUCUUUCUCGCACACUAAAAGGUGGGGAAUAUUGUCCCCAAUACCCAACGCCUGGAUUCACCGAACCGAGCAGAGGAAGAUCAAAAUAUCAAUUUUCGACUGGUUACUACGAAAGUAAUCAAAAUAUGGCUAUUGCCUCUACACAAAUUUUGUUUAUGAGGUUUCACAACUACUUAGCGGACGAACUACAUGCACUCAACCCACUGUGGACGGACGAGAUAAUUUACCAAGAAGCACGUCGCAUCGUAGGAGCAGUCGUCCAGGUUAUCAGUUACAAAGAUUUUUUGCCUAUCAUUUUGGGCGAUUUUUAUAUGGAUCAUUUUAGAUUAAACACUAAGACAGUUUACGAUCCUUCGGUGACCCCGGCAAUGAGUCAGGAAAUGGUGAGCGGAGCUUUUCGAACACUACACAGCAUUAUACCCGCCACGUUUAAAUUUAUGGAUCAGAACUAUUCGAUCGUCAACGAAAUCGCUCCUUCAACAACUUUUAACAACCCCGAUCCCUUAGUAGGGUACAUUGACGAGGUGUUUAGAGGAUUUUUGGAAACACCCGGUAGAGCACCGCAGCCUAACUUCAAUUCUCUGAUAACAAACACACUGAUUCCGAUCAAUCCGCAUAAGAACCUAUCGAUGGGUUUCGAUUUGAUGACAUUCGAUUUUCAGAGGGGACGAGACAACGGUUUGCCGGGGUAUAAUAAAUUGAGGAAAAUUUGUGGAUUGUCAUUUGCACGAAAGUUCGAAGAUUUAUCAGACCUCAUACCGAAUCGAGCUAUCGAGGCACUGAAGAAACUCUAUUCCCACGUGGAUGACAUCGAUUUCAUGGUGGGGGCUAUGUUGGAAAAACCUCAGAACAACUCGAUGGUCGGCCCGACUUCGGCUUGCAUCAUAGGCGAUGCUUUCUACAGGGCCAGGGUGGGAGAUCGUUUCUUUUACGACGUCCAAGGGCAACCGGGAAGCUUCUCUGCGGAGCAAAUAAAGGUAUUAGAAACUAUCAAUUUAGGCCACGUCUUAUGCAGUACAUCAAAUGUGAACCAUAUUCAAAAGGAGACGUUCAGAUUCGUCGAUCCCAAGCUGAUGGCGAGUAUCAAGUACGACUGCGAUUCGUAUGAAAUAAAUUUAACGCCGUGGAAAGAAUAAUGAUUCCAACUUUAAGCUUAAAAUUACAAUUACUUAAGAAAUCAAAUGCUUAUGUUGCACUUUCCCCUAAUUAUACAUUCUUUUUUCAUAAUUCUUAGGUCUACCUUGUCUACCUUUGACCAUAUAUUUCAAUAAGCCAAUAUAAAACUUUUAUUAUUUAUGUCAAGACAGUUUGUUAAAAAAAAAUAAUGUAAAAAAACCUAUAACCAUAUAACUAGACAAAUACAGAAAUGAUGAUUAUAACUAUUGCACAGACUUGUACAUAUUUUUGUUCUUAAAGAAAACGUUAGAAAACAUUUGCUUAUUAUUUACUUGAAUUGACUAGAAGACGUCGCUUAAAUAAAAAAAUCUUUGUAUUUUGUAACAAUAUUGGUUACCUAUUAAAUCCUUUUAUUUUUUUAAUAAUAAUAACGCCCAUUCGGGCAAAGAGUGUUCAUGAAUGAUAACAAAAUAAAACAAUAAUUCUCAGAA